CAGAACUCUAUUUCAAUAUAUCAAAUAAUUACCUUUGAUGGCUAACCAUUUUACGAUUCAUCAGUCAUCUCUCAAGUGAGAACAGCCCCUUGCAUAUAGGGCAAUGAAUUGAAGAAUUCGGGCAGUUUUGUUGUAAACAUUGCAAAGGGAAGACUGAAGGAUGGCAAGAAUCAGUUUUGGAAUUAUCUUUGUUGUGGUUGUGGUGGUUGUGGAGGGAUACUAUUACGAUGGUAUGGAAUACUUUAUACUUAUUUUGAAGGUUUGUGCCGGACGAAAGGCCCUUUCGAUGUCGGAAACAAUUUGUAUAAUACUAGAAAACGUCUAGUUUGUUUUUUAACUUGAUUAUAACCAGGAGAAGCUAUUCAACGACAGUCACGCGAGCUUGGUUAUAGCUGUUCUUAAUGUGCUUUCCGCUCACUAUCAUGCAUGUACUCUAUUUAAGUUAGAAAUAGUUGAAACAAUCGUCAAACCUUUAUUUUGCUAAUCUAGAGCUUGAAAUGUCUCCCGUAACAAUUCGUAAUGCCAACUCUCAUUAACAAUUAACUCUCAUUCCGGGGCUAAUACUGAGUUAUAAGCCUGGUUUCCAUAUGAUCGUAACAGUCGUAAAGAUUGAGUCACGAUCUUUCUCAUCAGCCCUUGAAGAACAACAUUUUAGGACUGAAAAUAUGCGGAGUGAUUAUAACCAGAGAAUACUUUUGAUUUAUAUGUGGUUUACAUGUAUGAACUAUUAUAAACUGGCCGUUGAGAAAGAUUGUGACUCUAUAUUUUUACGACCAUUUGGAAAUCAGACUUUAAUUUGCUUAUAACCAAAACCCGCUGGUGAUGGGAUGAUCUUUACCGAACCUAUAGGUACUAGUUAAAACAUGAGCAUCCGAUCUUUAUCUGAUAUACAAACUCGAGCCGAAGGCGAGAGUUUCUAUAUCAGAUCAAGAUCGGAUGCGAAUGUUUAAUUACUGUGCUGAGUGGUUAUAUUACUACCAUAAGAAACAAGCAGAAACUCGACGUUUCGAGCGAAGGCCCUUCGUCAAGAGUUAGUUGUUAGGAGUUUGGCUACUAACUCUUGACGAAGGGCCUUCGCUCGAAACGUCGAGUUUCUGCUUGUUUUUUUUUAAGGUGGUAAUAUAACCACUAUCAGCACAGCAUUUUCACAUUCAUUGGUACUACCCACACUGGUACAGACAGUUUAGAAUGUUUAAUUAACGUGCUUAAAAACCGACCCAUGUUAUGAGUUCAUUGGCGAAGUAAUUUUAAAAAUAUACAUUGUCUAUAAGCCGAGAAAAUCAAAGCUGAAGUUUAUGUAAAUCAGGACAAAUCUUUAUCCGAUUUACGAACAUUGAUUAAACAUUCAUUUCCGCUUUUGUAUUUUCCUCAUGAGGAAAAUUAUGAAUGAGUUUUAUAAGUACUAGAUAAACAGCUAUCCAUGAGUAUAUAUAAAUUAAUUAAAAUAGGUUUGCUUAAGCCGGUGAUCAUAUUGAAUGGUAAAUUAUAAAAUUCGUAAAAUAGCAUUGACGAUGAUGACGAAUUCAUGCAAAAUCAGUUUCCUUGGUACAGCCAGUGAUUCGAAGCGCUUCUUAACUCCUUCAGCCCUAGAAAAACGUGGAAAUUGAUGAAACAAACUAUGUUUGUGGGUUAGGAAGUACUUUAAUUUACUUCAAUUUGUUUGCGCAUGCAUGCAGAAGUGCAUAUUUUCAUGAUUGGCCGAAACUUUUAAAUUUUUAAACGUUUCUGCAAGAAUAUGUACUGGCUUGCCCAGGCCAUCAAACACGGUAAAAUUUAAAACUGGAAAGGCUUGUGGCUGUCGUCCAUUGGCUGCUCUGUUAGCUGGAUUUAUAGUACAGACAUAUAUGUCAUAGCUAAAUGCAUGCAUGUGCAUGCAAUAUUAUGCCUCGUCAUUUAACGCAUCUCAAAAACGUCUUCUGCGUUAUACUUAUACCAAUUUGUCAUGUGAAAAGAUAUGCAAUCUUAUCUAUGUGGAGAUAUCUAUGUACUUAAGCGCCGGUCAAGCGAAGAUAAAGAGUUGCUGAGAGUUGGCAGUCAUGUAUUUUUUUAUAUUACGGAGAGUCGGAGACAUUGAUGAGUGAGUCAACUCUCAUGUAUGGCGCUCUUUUCACUUGACGUGCAGUAGUUAUAAAAUCACUGAUAAACUCGUGCCCUUUGAUUGCGCUUGCACGCGACUGGAAUUGUUAUCUAUUGUAGUAUUAACAUUGUUAUCUCUCCAACCAUUUGUAUGUCAUUAAGUGUCAUGGUUGUUGUUUUUAGACUAUUUUCCUGAAGAAAAAAGCUUCAGAAAGAGGAAAGGGGAUGAUUAUUCGCCAAUGGUUGUCAGUCAGGAAGUCAGCCGACCAGAUAAAUGUGAGUGCACACAGCCUAAAUUUAUGCCCAUAGUCUUGAAUUGUUACAUUGACAUCAACUAUAGACCCAUUGCACUGACGUCACAAAUCCUUAGAGUGUCCUCCAGAUGCUCCCUAACAAUAUCUGUUCGGGUACGACAACCACAUACAGCGCAAAAAUUAACCAUUUUAAUACAAAAUUAUUAUAAAGUUUUACAAAAUUUGCUCUGUUUACAAAAGUUAUAUUAUGCAUGGAUUGCUAAUUUGUCCUCCAGAUGCAUCAUCGCCGGCACUGUGACGUCAUGUGCAAUGGGUCUAUACAUACAAGAAAUUGUGUUUAAUGCUCUGUAGUUCAGAGCGCUGCACUGAAAUCGCAAGUCAAUUUCUGCUUAUAUUUUAGUUGCAUUUUUCGCAUGUGCUCCCGGCUGGAUCUAAGAAUCUAUGUAAACUUUCACUUGUAAUUUUUACCUACAAAAAUCCAUAUCAACAUUCGGUAGUCUAUAGUGCGAGAUACCUCAAAUGUUGUUUAUUUACACAUAGCUCAGUCUGGUUUUCACCAGCACGCACUGCAGACCUUACUGAUAUACCGAAUUUUGUAACGAAGUAGCUAGGAGGGAAUGAGGGAUAGACAGUGAUAGACCGGCUGCUGAUAAUGCAACAUCAAAAUGGAUGGUUCAGAUAAUUAAGUGGAUAAUUAAAUUGUUCUCUCUGGAACAAAAUUAUCAGGGGAGUUGAAGCGCUAGAAAGUAAUUGCGCCUCUAAAAAUCUGCACGCGCAUGAGUAUAGGCAAGAGAGGUCAAAGAAUGCCUUCAAAACAGUUUUGUUUUGAAUUUUUUUCUGCCCAGCUUAUGACGAUCGCUAGUGAAAACCAUAUAGGGUGUCCCAUGUCCCAUAGAACUGCUUCAAAAAGGGGGGGGGGCAACAGGGCAAUUUGGCCUGGAUCGCCUGCUAUGGAGGGGCCCCAUAUAAGGAACAGGGAUAAAGUAAAGUACUGUAUGCAUAGAAACCACAAUUAAAUAUUUUUCCAGAAUGCAGGAAGUGCUAUUUAGGGACAAGAGAUUUCAGAAUGGAGAAUGCCCCGACCCAGAACUGUUUAAGUACAGAAUAGCAUUGAAAAUGUUAUCUAAAUUCAAAACCGAAGGAAAUAAUCUUAAUAAAUUGUCCUAAAAGUUCAAGAAUAUGGAAAUCAAUCUCUAAAAGAGUACAUAUUAACUUCAAGAAUCUUUGACGAUAGAAAAUCAGUAACAAUUUUAAUUAAUCAAUGUGAGUAGCGAUUUUCUUUCGAAAGGGAGAAAAGGAUUUGCUCUCUCUAAUUUCUUUAGGAAUAGAAUUCCAAAGGUGUAUGACGGAGCACACCUUUGGAAUUCUAUUCCUAAAGAAAUUAGAGCAAAUCCUUUUCUUCCUUUCGAAAGAAAAUCGCUACUCACAUUGAUUAAUUAAAAUUGUUACUCAGAUUGAUAGCUAAUUGAAAAUAUAGAAGUCUAUAUACCUGUAAAUAGAUUAUUAUUUUAUAGUUAAUUUUGUUAGUUCAUAUUAUACUAUAUAUCUUAUAUAAUUUUGUAAAUAGUUUUUAAAAUUAUUUUCUGUAUACUUUUUCGCAUGCCCCUCGUGGAAAUCAGCUUCGGUUGACGGGGUUAGCGUGAUUAAAUAAAGUUUUCUAUCUAUUAAAUUUGUUCCGGACCCAAAAAUUUCUCUGUGCGUCGUAGCGCGAAAAAUGAUAAAAUUUAUAUAAAUUUAGCGACAUUUUAGAAAACGUUCUGACUGCCCUGCAUGAGUGCAUGUAUUCUGGUUCUGCAACUUGAAUGUCACGAAUUUCAGUAUAUGCAGGCAAAUGACACAAAGUCACUGCUAAUGAGCCCAAAUCUGCAUUCUGCAUAUUCCAUUUCAUGCAAAGAUGUACACAUUUCAAAUAUUUUUUGAAUCACAUGCAAAACACCAAGCAAUAUUGCUCAAGAUCUAGUCUUUCAUACUCGUGAAAUAGAUUAAUUAUAAACUGUUGAUUGUGUCACCAAACAGCGUCAGAAAUCUCAAAACAAAAAGUGAUUUUCUUGAACACGACUUGGUCGCUAGAAGAGAGUACCCGAUCGGAAUAAAUAUGUCACCGAAACAUUUGUAAAUGAAUGCUUUAUUGAUCAAAAGGUCGGCAAACAGUAUAGCCGAGCUCUCAGAUUGCAAUAAUUUUGAGUUAAGUACUUUAACCCUGUAUAUUCCCAGUAAAAACUGAAAGCCAUUGUAUGUGGAUUAUAUGCAAAGUGGCCAUUUUGUCACCAAUUUCUGCAUGGUACUGAACAAUAUCGCAUUUUAUUACUGCACAUAAUUUAAUUUAUCACUGCACCAAUCACAUUUAUCACUGCACAAAUUGGUUAUCACUGCACCUUAGAAUAAUCCCUGGUCUAGCGGUUAACCCUCAAAAGAGGAAAAAGAUUCCGCAUGUCUUUCCUCCAUCAACUCCAAGACGCAUAUCAAGCGCUCCUUACUUUUUUUGUCUUUUUUUUUAAUUCAGGGCUUCGACUGAAGCAAAGAUCCGAAGGUCUUUUGGAAGGUAAUCUCUGACAUAGACAUAUAUUAGUCUUUGAUUUGAAAAUAUAAACCCAUUGCACAUGAGGUCACAGCGCCGGUGACGAUGCAUCUGGAGGACAAAUUAAGCAAUCUAUGUAUAGUAUAACUUUUGUAAACAAAGCAAAUUUUGUAAAACUUUAUAAUAAUUUUUAAUUAAUUUUUGCGCUGUAUGUGGUUGUUGUACCCGAACAGAUAUUGUUAGGAAGCAUCUGGAGGACACUAAGGAUUUGUGACGUCAGUGCAAUGGGUCUAUUGCAUAUAUUCAUAUUAACAGUAUAGACAAAUCUUGUCAUCAUACAGGGGCCAUAGAUAUCUAUUAGCAAGUUCCCACUUGCUAAUAAACGCUUAAAAACAACAAUAACUUUCAUUAUUUGAAUAUUUUAAAAACGAAUUUGGAAUAGGGUUAACUUAAUGUUUAAGUUCCCUGUUUAAGAAAUAGGAAACAAACGAAUCUUCUAAUUUCAUGGGAACGACCUGAGACUGCAAUCACGGCUUCAAUUUUUGAAUUGGAGAAUAAUUAGAUGCACUAUCUAGUGUAUAUAAGAUAUCUAUGACAGGGGCGGGUUUUAGUGUUGUACGAAGGCUGCAUAGCGCUAUCCACCGGAUAAUGCCGUUUUUCAAGCGUUGUAAAUUCACAACUAAUGGAAAUAAACAUUAAUUUAUAAAUUCUAAAGUUUAAUCUGGGUUAUAUACCACUCAACGAACAAUUUUAGAAAGUUAGAAACAGUCACUAUCCGGGGCCGCUUGUUUCAAAAGCUGGUUACCCUAACCCUGGGUUAACACAAUCUACAAAUUAAAUUUUCCAACAGCUCAUCCAUCAAGUUGAAUAUGUUUUUCCAGAAAUCUUUUUCGGUUCAAUAGAGGUUUUAUUUUCUAAAGUUUUGAAACGAAUGAUCGUGCAGAAAUACAUAAACAAAAACAGCAGGUUAAAAUUUAACCCAUGCAAGUUUAGCGCUAAUCCAGGGACCGCGGAGCCUGUUUAAAAGUGUGUGUGGGGGGGGGGGGGGGGAGAGCAUGGGAGCUAUUCCACGCAGGCAGGUUGGAUUUUAUCCGGUAAUUUUUUAUCAUCCACCGAAAAAGUGGAGGGGGGCAUGCCCCCCGGCCCCCUGUUCCGCGGUCCCUGCAAUCGGGCUUUGAACAAUCGGCUCCAUGCAGGUGAAUAGCGUUUCGUACAACAGGCCCCAGAAAUCCUCCAUGCAUGCAGUUGACAAACUCGACUCGAACCAGUUAAUGGAUUGGUUUCUUGUUUCUAGAUUACAGACGACGUGGCUAUAACAUUCCGUACAGACAGCGAACGACAUACUGGCGUUACCAAAAUAUCCGGCCGAAAUCGAAUGUAUACAGCCAACAAACAGGUACUUGGUAGUCACGCAUUGAUACGGAGCUUUCGUCUGUAGGGAAGCAACUACCUGAAAAAUACAAAGCGAAAUUCGACGUUUCGAGCGCGAAGGCCCUUCGUCGCAAAGUCUGGCUACUAACUCGAAAUGUCGAAUUUCGCGCGCUUUGUUGAAGAUAGUUGCAUCCCUACCAACGUAAGCUUGUUAUUGUAGUGGCACUAGACCCGACACUGGCACAAACAGUUCAACAUUUUUGCUGUGUUGGUGUAGUGUUGUGUUGGCUACCUCCUCCGCAUGCCAUACAGCCAGUAAUGUAGUGAAUGAGUAUGCCCGUUCGCGGGUUGAAAUUUGAGACGACGGCUUGCAAUUUUAUUUUUUUGAAAGGCCUGUGGAGGAGGUAGUUGUUUUGGGCUAGUAUUCCAAAGGUCGUAGGUUCGAUUCCCACCCUGGCCAGGCAUAUUUUUCAAGCUUGCCCGGUGGGGAUAUACACACAGAGUAACAUCACAAGCAACAGUUCAAGAUUGUUUAAUACGGAGAACAUUUCAAGCUCUAGAUUAACAAAAUAAAGGUUUCCUGAGUUUUUUCUGUGUUAUAUGUGCUUGGGUGAAUAUGAUGUUUGUGAUGUUAUACUCUGAGCGUAUAUCCACACCGGGCGAGCUUGAAAAAUAUGCCUGUAUGGCCACGGUGGGAAUUGAACCUACGACCUUUGGAAUACUAACCCAAUGCUCUGCCAACUGAGCUACGAGGUCAGGUCGGUUCGAGUAUGUGAUCUUUCGGAACUGAGUCUAGUUCCUUCGAUAUCAAUGCAAUCUGGUAAAAAGAAAAUCAUGAUUACUAGAUUGCAUUGAUAUCGAAGGAACUAGACUCUGGGUUUCGUCCACAAUAUUCCACGUUAUCAGCACUUAUUCAAAGGUGUGAAGAGUGAAGACUGGUUAAGUAAAAUGGAUGAAGUUAAAAUAAACUACAUUGUUUUUCUAGACAUAAGGAAAGCCUUUGAUUCAAUAAAUCAUGAAAUAUUGCUUUACAAAAUGAAUGAAAAUUUUGAUCUGGUAAUGCACUGCAUGGAAUGGUUUGAUUCCUGUCUUAAAAAUAGAGAACAACAGUGUAUGGUAAAUUGAUAGAUAUCUUUCCCGAAAACGAUAAUAUGCAGAGUUUCCCAUGGCUAUAUCUUGGGCCUUUUGCUCUUUCUGAGUUUCUGUUAUAUAUAAAUGACAUGCAUGCCUGAAUGUCUUAUAUGCGCAUGACUGAAAUUCAUGCAUCGUCCAACUAUAGUGUCGAUCUUGUCUCUAAAUUAUAUCAAGAUAUCCGAGUCAAAACCUAUGUUCGCAGGAUCUUCUUACAAUAUGGAAAACAAGAUAUGCAAUCACUAUCAGCCUAUUCUAUUCAAUAAUAUACCUGUUCCUAGAGCUACGAAUUAUAAAUGUCUAGGAGUUAUUUUGGACCAAAAACUUGGCUUGGGCAAUGAUAUUGAAAUGAUUUGUAAAAAGGUGUUUGCUGGAAUUGCAGUCAUCAGGCAAAUGAAGCUUUGUGUGCCACCUGAGACACUGCAUGCAAGUUAUACAGGGUGUAUAAAGAAAACGCAAUCCUCGACUGAAUUGUAAAUUGCUAAACAAAUAAUAGACGAAAACGUUAAAGUUUACAUUCAUUUUAAAGCGUAGCCAUUCAGCUUUCUAACAGUGGGUUGUUUCUUAAAUUUGACUCAUUGGUUCGCGGGUAAUAAUACUUUACGUUAUUGCGAUUGGAGAUUAAAAAAAGUGAGAUGGAAUAACAAAUCGUUCUCAUGAAAAUAACUGAUUUUUUCAUUAAAACAAACAAAUGUUGCAUUUUAUUAAAUGGAUUGUAACAAUAAGUAUAAUUACGGCUUUUCUUCCACUAUUUUUAACACAGUUUGAAACUUCAAAUGCGAUAUAAUUUUGGCUUGGACCAUCUAAGCUGACUGACAUCAGCUUGCUAUAAUUUCUGUUUACAUUACAUCGCAAUUCGAUGACACUCUGUCUCAGACACCAGAAUGUUUUGAUUCUAUGAUUUUUAGCAUUCGUUUAGGAUUUUCAAACAACCUGGUCUCUUUUAAAAUACUUUUAAUUUGUUCUUACGUGGUUUUCCAGAUGUAGUGACGACAACAUUAAAGUUUAAAGAAGAAAAUUCUAACAUUUAAACCGACUAAACAAUAACAUAGUAGACUUGCAUAAUUAAACAGCAACUAAAAAUUAUAGGUUUUACUAAAUCUUUUCCUGUGCAAUCAUUACUAGCAUUGGAGACAAGGAUAAUAGUUUGUUUGAAAGAGAAAAGAACAGGCUUUGAAGUAAGCCUAAAUGCGUUUAACUAGAAAUAGUAUUUCGAAAGUUAUUAAGCAUAAAAGAUGAAUUGCGUUUAUUUUGAUACACCCUGUAUAUAUUGCUCUUGUGCAACCCUAUUUUAUCUUUUUGAUCAUUGUAGUUUCUCACUCGCUUGGGCGGAAACUUUUUGUAUAUAAAAGUUGAUUUCAAAUGAUCUCGUUGCACCUAAUUUGAAUAAUUUGUUUCUAAAAAUUAUAGUAUAAUUGUCCUAUUUAAUAAUAAUAAAAGCAUUUAUUUAAAUACGAUGAUAUUACAGCAUAGCUAAUGUGGUCAUGUGACUAUAACACUGUACAUUCUAACUAACUAAAGCCUGGUUCACAUUGAUCGGCGAUGUUCUACGAUCCAUUGUCUGUGAGCAACGAAGAAGAAAAUGCACAAAACAUUUUAUGCAUCAAUGACCACCGACAAUGGACAUCGCCGAUGUUUACGUGAACCAGGCUUAAUAAUAGAAUGUGGCUAAUUAGCCUUUCUCACGAUGACGAAUAUCCGCUAUUUUUGGGUGGCAUCCAAUUCUCGUUAAUUAACCAAUCCAGACAAUUAAAACAAUGUGAAAAGCAAUUUUUCAAAUUAAACUUAUUAACUUAUCAUUUACAAAGCAAAUUUACCAUCAUUUGUAAAAAAAAAAUUAUAAAAAGUUGCUGUUAUGUUAGUCCGUGUGUUGUGACCUCGAAAAGUGCCUAGAAAACGAUUUUCAUUAAUUAAGCAUGUCUUAGAACUGAAAUACUUUUACGGGAACUAACACUUUCGAACACGCUGAGUUCAAAUCCGAAAAGUUCCCACUCCGUAGACCCGCAGUUUGUUCACAAAAUGCUAUUUUAUCUUCACUAAUUUCACAACAAAUUUUUUCAUUGUUCAACGAUACGGAUCGAUGACGAUACACGAUUAUGUGACUCAAAAGGACCAAUUUCUAUUAACCAUUCUUCCUUUUAACAAAAGAUCGGCUUUGCUCGAAUCAUUUUGGAUUAUGUAAUCUUAUGCGUGUUGGACGUAAACAACAUAUCUUGUCUACAACUUUGAGAAGGUACAGAUAAUUCCUUCUAAUAUCCUUAGUUCUGGAACUAUCUCUGUGAAAUCACAAGGACGUUAAUGUCAAGUCUUUGGGCUAUGUCUCUGGGCUGAGAAAUAAUUCUUCACAUGCGAUCAAAAUGUUUUAUACAAAGAUAUAAAACGGUAAUCUAUAUGUAAUGGAUCAGCAUUGAAAUUUCCAACACGGUUUCCAAAACGUAAUUCAAGAGUUAACUUAUCAUUGCAUUAGAACUAUUACAUCAGUUGGUGUCAUACUGUGCGAUAAACAAGUAUUAUUGGAAAGAGGGCUUCUAUAUAUACGUCGAAAUCAUCAAAUAAACAGCUCAUACACACAUUUCUCCACUUCGCGGCCACAGAGCAUAUUUUAUACUUUGUGACUGAUCCUUGUCUUUGAUUUGAACAUUUAUUCUUAUAGUUUAAGGUUAUUUAAGAUUGAUCCUGUCGUAAGUCUUCUACUUGCAACCAUUCGACAAUAUUUCGUUUUAGCGUUGUCUUUGCCGUUACGUUGGCUUCGUGUUACUUUUGUUUUAAAUAUCUUGAUCGCGUUAAAUUAGUUACUUUUCAGGCCAGUGACAUAGCUAAAAGACUUGACAUUAAUGUCCGUGUGAUUUUAUAGAGAUAUCUCUAGAACUGAGGAUUUUAGAAAUGGAUCAAUCGGUGGGGGCGUUGGUCUCUUAUUCAAGGAAAGUCUUAAUAUUAAGCGUAAUGUACAGGAGGUAUUUAGGUCAUUUGAAUACCUUGACAGUUCUUUUUUGAACUUUCUACAUAUUAGAAUUAUUGUUGUAUAUCGGCCGCCUCCUUCAUCGGCUAACUCAUUGACAUCUACUCUAUUCUUUGAAGAGUUCUCAUCCUUUUUGGAAGGAAUUAUUGUAUCACCCGGGCAACUCUUGAUAGCUGGAGAUUUCAAUUUUCAUCUGGACAAUCCUAAUGACCCUCUUACCAAACGGUUCGUGGAUCUUCUCGCUUCCUUUGAUUUGAAGCAGUACAUUUCUGGAUCUACACAUGCAAGUGGUCACACACUGGAUUUAAUUAUAACGCGAUCUGAAGAAAACAUUGUUAACCAUUACAACAUCUUCGAUCCUCUGAUUUCUGAUCAUUCAGUUGUGCAUUUACAACUAUUGAUUAGGAAACCGAAGUUUGUGAAGAAACAUUUGCUUCUUCGUAAUUUGCGGGCGGUUAAUAUUCAUAAAUUCAAAACGGAUGUACUAAAUUCUUUUCUUCUUAAGAAUUUUACGACUAUGGAUUUGGUAUCAUUGGUGAAUGAGUAUGAUUGUCUUCAUACUAUCUUAGAUAACCAUGCCCCGAUUAAAUCCCGGGAAAUUACAUUGCGCCCUAAGGCACCCUGGUAUACUAACGAAAUCAAUGAUAAGAAACGAAUUCGGAGACAACUUGAGAGAAAAUGGCAUAAAACAAGGACGAAUGCUGAUUGGAAUCGCUAUAAACAACAAUGUUAUGCUGUAAAUAAACUUAUCGACUCCUCAAAAUCGGCUUACUAUACCGACUUAAUUAAUAAUGGAUCAUCUGAUCAAAAAACCCUUUUCAAGACUGUAAGCAAUUUGCUGCAUACAAAUACGAUUAUUCGCUAUCCAUCUUCUCCUGACCCAAUGUCACUUGCCAACUCAUUUAGUGAUUUCUUCACUCAGAAAAUUGUUAAAAUACGAAGUGAUAUCGAAGAUGAACUCUUGAGUAAAAACAUAGAAAAUCCUAUACCUGAUGCUGAUUCAUGUCCUUAUGAAUUUCACACCUUCAGGGAGGUUGGAAAAGACGAAGUGCUCCAUUUAAUUCAACGUAUCGCAACUAAAUCCUGUUCUCUGGAUCCACUCCCGGUGGUCAUGCUAAAUCACUGUUUUAAAGACAUCUUACCCGUUGUAGCUAGAAUAAUCAACCUCUCCUUGGAAAGUGGUACAAUGCCUGACUCUUUGAAGAUUGCUGUUGUUCAACCGCUAUUAAAAAAGUACAAUCUUUCCUAUGAAGAAUUCUGCAGUUUUCGUCCAAUAUCAAAUCUGAAAUUUGUCUCGAAAUCUAUUGAGAAAGCAGUUGCUGUACAAUUAACUGAUUAUCUUACUGAAAAUCAUCUACAUGAGAAAUUCCAGUCUGCUUAUAAACUUUGUCAUAGUACUGAAACAGCGCUAUUGAGGGUUCAAAAUGAUAUCCUUCAAGCUCUAGAUAACGGUGAUUCUGUUAUUCUUGUCCUACUGGAUCUGUCGGCGGCUUUUGACACCGCGGAUCAUUUAAUGUUAUUAACAAGACUAUCGAAACGCUUUGGCAUAAGGGGUCGUGUGUUGGAUUGGCUUACCUCAUACCUUACAUCCAGGAAACUGUUUAUUCGUGUUGAGGGAACUGAUUCGUUAUUGAGUGAUCUUGAUUGUGGUGUACCUCAGGGAUCUGUGUUGGGUCCUCUGUUGUAUUCACUCUAUACUGCCCCUCUCGCGGAUGUGGCUAGGCGCCACAAUCUGCGCUUUCACUUUUUUUCUGGUGAUGGGCAACUUUACAUUGCAUUCAAAACGAAUGAUCGUGAUGAUUUAAUAUCAUCUAAGAUCCGUAUGGAGAAAUGUAUACUUGAAUUGGGAAACUGGUUGAUGUUGAAUAAAUUGAAACUAAAUAGUGGCAAAACGGAGCUUAUAUUAGUCCAUUCACGCUAUCAUCUGAUGCUUCCCUUAAAUUAUAUCAUGGUGGGAAAGGAAAAAAUUGUGCCAACUGUUUCAGCAAGAAAUCUGGGGGUGAUUUUUGAUGAGUGGAUCAGAUUGGGCGAACAUAUUAAUGGUAUCUGCAAGUCAGCUUACUACCAUAUUAGGAAUAUUUCAAGAAUUAAGAAGUAUCUACCUCGAAAUUGCUUAGAAAUAAUUAUUCAUGCAUUUAUAACUUCAAGAUUGGAUUAUUGUAACUCCCUGUUGUAUGGUGUACCCAUAAAUAUUUGCUUCAGAAGCUUCAGAGAGUCCAAAAUACUGCAGCUCGUUUACUAACUGAUACUAAGAAAUCGGCGCAUAUCACCCCAGUUCUUAUCGAAUUGCAUUGGUUACCUGUCCAAUACCGUAUUCAAUUCAAGAUUAUACUUCUUGUCUACAAAGCUGUUAAUGAUCUUGCUCCAUCGUAUCUGAAGGAACUUAUGCUGUGUCGUACUUCGCAGCGUACUCUUCGAUCAAAUGGAAAUGAAUUGCUCCAGAUUCCUUAUUCUAGACUAAAGAGAUACGGAGACAGAUCGUUCUGUGUUGCUGGACCAAGAUUGUGGAAUGAUUUACCUGUUCAUCUUCGGAUGUGUGAAUCAUUAACCAUUUUUAAGCAGUUUCUUAAAACAUAUCUUUUUAACUUGUUUUUAAAUAGUGUAUGAUGUAUUCUAUAGUUUUAACAUUCUUAACACUAGUUUUAAGAUUGGAUUUUGUAUUACUGUAAAGCGCCUAGAACAGUCUUGGUUUGUGCGCUAUAUAAAUGUUUAUUAUUAUUAUUAUAUUAUUAUUAUUAUCUGUACCUUCUCAAAGUUGUAGAUAAGAUAUAUUGUUUACGUCCAACACGCAUAAGAUUGCACAACUCAAAAUAAUUCGAGCAAAACCGAUCUUUUGUUACAAGGAAGAAUGGUUAAUAGAAGUUGGUCCUUUUGAGUGACAUAAUCGUGUAUCGUCAUCGAUCCGUAUCGUUGAACAAUGAAAAAAUUUGUUGUGAAAUUGGUGAAGAUAAAAUAGCAUUUUGUGAGAAAACUGCGGGUCACGGAGUGGGAACUUUUCGGAUUUGAACUCAGCGUGUUCGAAUGUGUUAGUUCCCGUAAAAAUAUUUCAGAUCUAAGACAUGCUUAAUGAAAGUGAACGAUAUUGGGUCACAACACACGGACUAUGUGGACUUAUCUCGCAGACUUCGGCUGAAAUGCCACCCAAAAAUGGCGGCGUGAGAAAGGCUAAUUUGACUAAACUAAAUUAAUGUUUCACAUAAUUACAUGGAACAGAAAUCACAUUUCCUUUACAGCAGAGUAACACUAAUAUAUGAUGACGUAAAUGGAUUUCUGGAACGACAUCUACAAACUACUUACCAUGGUACUUUGUAUACAGCUAAUUCAGAAAGUGCUGUACGCCAAAAAAUCACAAAUGUAGCCAAGGCCAAAGACUGA